GAAUCCUGCUCCCUGACCUGCCAAUUUUGGCUUCAGCAGCCCCUGCAGCUACAUGAUUCAGGAAACCUUGAGGUCUUGCCUGUCGAUCUUGGGAUUCGUGGACCUUCACAGCCUGUGAGCGGCAGCCCUGCUCUCCCACCUGUUGAUCUUGGGUUCACCAGCCCCUGUGGCUGCGUGAAUUGGGAGUGGCCUCUAUCCUGAUCCACUGACUUGGGAUGUUCCAGGCUUUACGAUUGCAUAUGGCACAGUCUCAAGGCUGGGCAAGAAGAUACUUCAAGGCCUUUUGCAAAGGCUUCUUUGUGGCCGUACCUGUGGCAGUGACUUUCCUGGAUAGAGUCGCCUGCGUCGCGAGAGUGGAAGGAGCAUCAAUGCAGCCGUCUUUGAAUCCUGGAGGGAGCCAGUCAUCUGAUGUAGUGCUUCUGAAUCACUGGAAAGUUAGGAAUUUUGAAGUUCAGCGUGGUGACAUAGUGUCAUUGGUGUCCAGGAAAGGGCAGAUGCCCUACCCACAUCUACACUGCUGGGGGAAGAAGAUUGGAACAGGGCUGAUAGGCAUGGGCCUGGAGACCAAGAAUAUUUUUCUCUACUUGACCCAAGCCCUCAGGUCUACCUGUAAGUGUUUCAUCUUCCUAUGUUGGACAGGUUCUUGAUAUUUUACUUGUUCGUACAAUAAAGAGUAAUGAAGGAAAGUUACUUUACAGUUCAAAUACUGUUUUACUUAUUGCUAGGAGUAAUCAGGUGAACAUGCAUUUAAGAGACUAAUUUAACAGUUAACGUCUUUUAAAAAGUCGUUCGCUCUUUAAGGCUAAUUAAACCAUACUGUGUAUUAUUAUAGAAGGGCAUCUCAUCCUAGAAAAGGCGGUAAUUAUUUAUCUAGCUAAGCAAUCUUAUUGAUUGAAUAUUGCUAAAUGUUUGGCAUUUAGGCUAUAAUACCUUUAGGCUUUAUUGGCAUGUGAAUAAAUUGAAAAUGAGUAUUAGUUUUGCCAAUUUUAUUGGCCGAAAAUACAUUUUCACUUUUGCGCUUAAAUGUAAUAAGUAAAUUCUUAUUUUCUGGAAAAUUGUUUUCAAAUUUUGAAGAUAUAAAUAAAUUGCUAUCUUUAGGUUCUCUUCACUGUAUUUCUUAAAUGCUAUUAGUUUUAAACUAUAAAAAUGGAGCAAGCACCCAUGGUAGUAAGAUAGUGAAUGUUUAAAGCAUUUGUGCAUAAGCUCCCUCAAAGGAUAAUUAGAUAAUUAUAAUGGUACUUACUUUGAGAUAGCUAAUUAAAAAAAUAUAUUGCUGCCCAGUUUAAUUAUUUGAGUAAUGAUAACAUAUUAGCAGCCAUGAAACUUCAGUUGCAGCCAACACCACUGAAGAAAAGAAAGUAAAUAUGUUAAUAACAUUUUCCGCAAAGACCCAAAGGGUAGCACCAGGCAAACCUUUCUGUUUUCUCAUCUGUUCUGUGCCUGUCCUCCCAUCCCUGCGUACUAUAAAUCUCCUCCACAUGUGUCACUCAUCUGAUUUCACUCUAUUUGUUUUAUUCAUUUUAUAACUCUCCUUUGGCACCAGGGAAGUAAUUUUCUAGCUCUUUUCCACCCUUUGCGAGCCUCUGAAAGAAGGCUUUUGCAAUUAGACUUCAUAGCUUUAACAAACACUCCAUAACCUGCCAGUAAAAAUGUCAGUUGUCUGGGCCAGUGCAUAAUUAAAUGAGUAAGAUUCAGUGUGGUAAUUCAGCCACAAAAUGAAAUAAUUUAAAGGGGUUAUUAAUAGAUUGCUUUGAUUUUGGAAUUCUAAUCAAUAAUGAGCUACGUUAUGUACAGAAUCUUUCUAGCUUUCACCAUUGCCAUAAUGUGGCCUAUGAAAAAUAUUAAAUAAAACCAUGUCAAUAAAAUUUUUACUGUAUUGUUCUUUUCCUGAAUGAUUAAUCACCUGAGAGAAUCUUGUUAAAAUAUCAACAAAUUGGAUAUGGUCAGAAUGAAUGUUUUGCUAUGAGCCUUUAAAACCAAGCACGAGUGAUAGUAUUAAUAUAUAGAGCUUCAUAAGGGACUCUGUUUGAGGCUAUUACUUCCUGAUUGAGGACUGAAAACGGGAAGAAUUGAGACUUGAAGGCUAAUAAUAGUUGAUUUGGUAAGAGGUCCUUUGAGCUGAGAUUAGUAGGAGGAAGACAUAUUUGUAAAGCGAUGGGUACCGUAACGAUGGAGUGCUAUAGAAAUGGAUUAAGCAGUGGUAGCUCUUGGAAUUGCAGAGAAUGAAAAGUUAAUUUUGAGGACAAACCAAAAGGCUGCUGGAGUAAAAUUAAGCUCUUAAAAUGGAAAGUCUCAAUCUUUUGCUCAGAAUUAAUUGGUUGUUCCUGUAUCUUAUAAGAUAUAUUUGAGGUCUGGAAAUGAUAAGGCUGAGCAAUGACUUAGAAGUUAGCGUAAUAAUGACUAACAUUAAUCGGGCUCUUACGGUUGGUAUUCCAGGGACAUCAGUGAGUGGUUUAUGUACAUCAUUCAAUUAAUUCUCCUUACGACACUGUGAAAACGUUGGUGUCCCAUGAGGAAACUGAGGCACAAAGAUGACUUAACUGGUGACUGAGCUGAGAUUUCAAACCCAGGCAGCCCAAUUUUAAAGCCCAAGUGCUUGUUUACCAAGGUAUAGCUGUACGGCCUCCAAGGUAUAUUUUAUUGAUGUUGUUAGUUGCCGUCAAGUUGGCUCUGACUUAUGGCGACCCCAUGUACAAUAGAACAAAACGUUGUCUGGUCUUGUACCAUCUUCAUGAUGGUUGUUAUGCUCGAGUCCAUUGUUGUGGCCACUAUUUAUUUUGAGUACCUUCCAACCCAGGGAGCUCAUCUUCUAAUACUAUAUCAGACAAUAUUCUGUUGUGAUCUAUAGAGUUCUCAUUGGCUAAUUUUCAGAAGUAGACCACCAGGCCCUUCUUCCUAGCCUGUCUUAGCCUGGAAUCUCCUCUGAAACCUUUCCACGAUGGGUCACCCUGCUGAUAUUUGAAAUACCAAUGGCAUAGCUUCCAGCAUCAUAACAGCUCACAAUUCACCAUGGUGAACAAGCUGACAGACUGGUGGUAGAUGUUUUAUUGCUAGUGAUGCUUUAAGUAUACUUCAGCCCAGAACUGUGUCCUAAUAAUGGUUUUCAAAUGGCUGCUACGAAAUGAGGGGUGGGAAACUCCAGAAAGUUUUGUUUUACAUAAUAUAUCCCAAAGGAGGAAGAGACACCCCCAAGGUUAAAUCACAGAAUGGAUUUCCGUGAUAAUUUAUAUAUGUAUAUCUAUAUGUUCUUUUUCUUAAUUCAGAAAGAGAGUUGAAGAGAAGUAAAUGGCAACUGUGGGUCUUCUUUUUUCUCCUUAUUUGAAGUGUAUACUUGUGCCCAUCUGGAGUCUGAGAGUGACACUUUAGGAAUUGCCACCCCUAAUGAAGCUUAUUAUUUAUUUUGUUUUGCCAUAUUUUAUUGUUCCUUUGCCUGGGAUAUGAAGAUGAGAGCCAGUGAUUGGGUCACUAUCCGCUCAAAGAACAUAUACAGAGACCUUUAUUGCAGUCUGAAAUGCUGACUUUGGAGAACUAAUUGAAGGGCUGGAAGAUUAGUUGGCAAGCCUGGACUUAUGUAGCUUAGAACUGGAAAGGUAGGUGGGGACUAACUUGCAUGAAGAGACAUUAAAAGAAAUGUAUUUUUUGUUUAUUUCUUUUGAGUGGAUAGAGAGAAAAUAGACCUAAGUUAAAGCUACCAGGAUCUAGUGUAAUGAAAAACCUCUGGACUUUACUAGUAGUGAUAUUUGAAGGAGUUUAUAGAUAUUUUUCCCCCACAAUUGUGUAAGAAUAAGAUAGUAUACAAGGUAGUUUUAAAGCAGUCUGGUGUAUUGUUAGGAAAACAGAUUGGGGGUCAUCAGGUUGUCUUUGGAGAUUGACACUGUGGAUUGUAGUCUGUUUUAAUUGUAUGCACUGGGCUCUGGAGCUGUAUAGGCAGCCCUCUGCUAGAGUGAUUGUACUUCUAGAUGAUGUUGGAAAGCUCACAGCCAGUUUCGCUCAAGUUGCUAUAUAAUGGCACUUAGUGCGAACAGGGCACAAAUGAACUCGCCCCAGCUAAUCUCGUUCCUGAUGUGAAUCAAAGAAGGCUUCCCUCAUCAACAGCCUUGACCUGUUCCCACGGGCUUCCCGAUGGAACUCUGUUUAGGAUGAGACUCAGCUCCAGAGCAGCAGCAGCCGACAGGGAGGAGAGCAGGAGAAAAAUAUAUGGGCCACAACUUCUGAUUUGAUCUCUUUUUAGUGUGUGAAGCUGCUGUGCUGUUUAUUGUUAUUUAAUGUUAUUUGUUAUUUUUAUACUCCAUGGUUAGUUUGUAAAUUUUAUUCAUGAAAUCAAAUCAAAAAGGUAAAGAUGGAAGGAGAGAGGAAAAGAUACAUUUGGUAGUAAAUGAGACCUUUUACGUAUAAUGUCAUGUGGAAUUCUGCAGGACUGAUUUCCUUGGGACACUGGUAAAUUGGCUCUGCAGCAGUCCCCAAAGAGAAGUUCUAAAAGUGAUCGUGGUAAUGACAGUGCCCCUGAAAUAAAUAUAUAGCAUUCCAGGUAAAAAUACUCUGAAGGGCUGUACUCAUUUGAGAUAUGAGGUUUAUGUAUUUAUGAAAACGAAUUCAUUCUCGAUACUAUAAAGUUACACCGUAUGUCCUAAAACACCCUCCAAAGAGAAACAUAAACCUUCCAGCUACAAAUCUCAAGCAAGGACUAGACCAAAAAAAGGUCUCUUCUAGGACUUUUAGCUGAGACAGAGACUUGAUUAUGAUUAUGUUGAUUUUUUACCUUUGGGAUUUGCCAUCAAUGAAGUCAAAGCUUUAAAGUUUGUCUUUUUCUUUUUUUAACAUUGGGAGGGAAUCAUAAUGAGAGAUCAAAACAAGGAAAAUUUGGUGCCAUUGAAGAUUGGCUUAUAAGAUUUUGCAUGUCAGCAAAACACAAGCGGCACAUGUGGCUGCUGCUGGUAUGGCAGUUUAGACACUGGAGCACCUACAUAAUUUGCUUGAGGGAAAUUUGAGAAAAUGAGACUGGGUUAAAAAAAAAUAUAUAUAUAUAUAAAGCUUUUUUUUCUUAAAAAGCCACCAAGAAUUAAUAAGUUUUUACUAGAAUCUCCUCUGAAGUCUUGUCUUCUUACAUACUGGUACGACUGCUGACCAAAAGGUGGGCAGUUGGAAUUCACCAGUGGUUCCUCGAAAACCUUAUGGGGCAGUUCUACUCUGUCCUAUAGGAUUGCUAUGACCCAGAAUUGACUCAAGGACAACAGGUUUGGUUUUUUGGUUUUAAUGUGUAUUAUAUUAUGAUUAUUUGUUUAUAUUGCCUGUUCUCUUACGUCAUCUAGGAACUUCAUUGCUUAGAGGUGCACAGAACCCUUCUGUUUAAUAUUUGACUCUCAAAAUCUCCAUGCCAGAACCCUUCAAAAUUCUGUGUUCUUGAGGUUUCUUUUUCCUUUUUCCUCUUACUUGCUUUCAUAAAAAUAAGCCAGGUAUGCUUUUGGAAGGCAGUUGUACUUAGGCAGGAACUUUUGAAAGGGAAUCUAAAUAGAAUCGUAUGUAGAUUAUUACCAUUUUUUAGAUUAACUCAAGAUAUCUCAGAAUACAGUAUAAAAUUUAUAGGUAUAUGUUUCAUGGUCUAUAAAAUAGUUGAUUAAACAUGCUGUUUUAUUUAUCCAGACUCUUAGCGUCAGGCCUCUGGUAAGGAUUCUAACCCCAUAUUAUAAUUUUAUUUAUAUGAGGAAAUAAUAUCAACUUACAUAAUUCUGAUGUUAAAAACAUUUUUUCCUGGAGGGAUUCCAGCAGUUGUGACUUCAGGUAGGUCAGUUAACUCCUGAGCCUGAGUUUAUCUUUAAAAUGGGGUCAUAACACAUACCUCACAGGCUGUUGUGAAGACUAAAUGAUUUAUUACGUAGAAAUACUCAGCAUGAUACCUGCAUGUAGGUGGUGUUCAAAAAGCUUUUUAUUUUUUAAUUUAGCUUGUAGUUGAAAUAGCAAAGUGAGUAUUAUAGAUUUCUCAUGGGAAAUGGGACCUUAUCGAUCACUGUAAUAUCAGAUAUAGCUACUUUAUAUGUCUAAAUAUACAUUAAUCCAUCAGCAUUUAUUGCUUGCUCAGUAUGCAAAGAAAAUUCUACAGAAUGUUAUAUUUCAAUCAGAGCUAUUUUUUCCUAUGUUAUAACGCAGAAGAGACUGUAUGUGCUGGGAUUUAUUAUAAACUGAGAUUUUUAUUUUAUGCCUUGCGUUUCAUGUUGUAGUUUAUUUAAACAGAAGGGAUUGUAAAUUGCAUUUUAAAGGUAGAUGUCUCUCUUGAGACAUUUGCAUUAGUGAGCACUGUGGGCUUUUGGAAAUGUUUUCUAAACUACUCACAGCAGGAUUUGUCUCACACACUGAAAAAUUCUUGGACAGGACGUAAUAAUUUCUCAUCCACCAGAGAAAUGGUACUAUUUUUGAAUAAUAAUUUUAGAAUGCAGAUACUAUAAAAAGUGAUAGAUACCUAUUGCAAAGUGAGAUAUAUUUCCUUUCCCAAUCUUAGUCUAGAUUGGGAUGGUUAGACUUUAAGGGCAUGACUAUUCUAUUCUGCAGUUCUGUAGUGUGUAUACCCUUUGUAUUAUUAAAGCAACCAUUUCAAACAUAUUCCUAACAGAGUUCUUACAGGGGUAACCAAUAUAAUGGUCCCAAAAGAUGGAAAUGUUUUCUAAGAGGAAUUUUAGAUUUCAGUAAUUUUUCAGGCAACCGAGAGCUAUCUUGUUGGGAUUACAUUGUUCAGCAUGAUAUUCUAAAGGUCCUUUUAGUAUUAUGGUUCUCUGUAUCAAACCCAUGUCUCUAGUUCCAGAAAAUGGAGAUGAGGAAGUCAAAGGUAAAUGAUUUAACCUAGUGACAGAGGCAGAACAAGUAACAGUAUGGAUCUAAUUCCUUGGUGUCUUUGAUCUUCUAGUUUUAACUGUUUAACAUCACAGAUUCCUUUUAAUGUAAUAUAAUCUUACUGUACUUUCUCCCAAAUAUUACUUUUCUUUUUCUUUAAAACUGUGCUUUGACUAGUAUGAUGAUUAAGCUCUUUUUAUGGAAGGAUUUUUUCAAGAAUCAGUUCAUCUCAAAUGAAAUACCAUCUCUUUAAAGCUUAGACAUUUUCUUUUUUUCUGCUAUAGGUUUCUGAAUAUAUAAUUCAGUUACUAAAAUUUCCUAGUUUGGGGAGUUUUAAUUUUCACUUCUGAUUUUCUAGAUAUCAGGUGAUUUUUUGCAAAGAGCUAGAUUACUUUCCAUAAUUCUCAGCAUUGCUAGUUUGAGGUAGGAAGCUAACUCCCAACUAUUAAGCUUGGUCUCCCAACGUGAUAGACACCCUUAGGUUUUUUUGCUUGUGUGUUUGCUUACUUACUUGUUUCUGUCCACCAUUUUAUAGAAUGGAGUUCACGGGACUAGCUGUCUACAAAUGCACAAUAUCCCAUGCACACUCAUCUCAGUUGGUAUUCUACUAAUCGAUCAGUAUGGGGUCAACUAGAAUUCAUAGAGUAAAAUUGCUUAUUAUCUCUUUAUCCUGUUCCUAAAGAGAACUGAAGAGAAGUAGUCCAUUUCCCCAAAUUCCCUUCUUGCUUGGAUAAUAUUUUCCUUUGAUGUUAUAUUUUAGCACUGUUUCAGCUAGUCUCUGUGAAGAGUCAAUUCUACAUAUCCUCUCUACUGUCGAUCAUUAGAGCGCAGCAACCUAGAACAAAGUAGAGGCACUUGAAUUGCUGGCUGGGUUCAUGAGUGAAACUAACUGUGAGGACACUCAUCUUUGCCCCGUUGGGUGUGUUUGGAGUAGAUCAGUUUAAAUGAUAGGCCUCUACGGGAGAAAGGAAGACACUUCUGUAACAAUGAAUUCUACAUGAUGGGAAGCUAUGAGUGCAUGACAAGUGCAGUUAUUUUUGAUUCUUGAAAAUUGCCAUCAGAGAAUUGUGGACUUAGGUGCCAGCACUCCAGUUAACAGCUCUCUUUCCCAGACAAAUUUAAGUUCCAUUAAUAGAUUUUAGUGGCACUGAGUUUUUCUGCCAAGAUAGGGACCAUGGAGCCAAUAAUCUGAUAUUAAAGGAAACGCCAAUCCUGCAUUUGGUUUUUGAGGGUUGAUGAAUGAAAAUCCUGCUUCAUCUCAUCAGUGAUGUAUUUAUCACAACAUUUGAAGUGUGUUUAGUCAAAUGAAGAAGCUGCUCUUCAAAGGCUGUGUUCCAAGAUUACUAUUGGGUUUUUCACUUGGAUUGUGUAAAUUGUGGGUAAUUCUCCAAAAAUUGCUUAGAGAUUGGAUUUCUGAGAUUGAAGCAAUUGUCUGUGAAUCUGCUGUGAUAAAUGUUGGUUGAGGAACACAUUGAUUUUCAUUAUAUAGCUGUAGGAUAUAGGCCUACUCUGUAUCUCCAUUUAAUGACUUGUUUGUGCUAAAAAGUGGCCUUUGGGUCCUCCAAGGAUAUGCGUGGGAUACUGGAGUUCUCAUAUUGAUUUCUUGGAAGAACAGGUAACAAUUGUUCCCAACAUUGUAAUAGGCAGAUAUGGAAAUCAAGAUGGUAUAAAUAGAUGUGAUUUUGGAAGACUUAGUCUACAAGUACAUAGGGAAAACAUUCAUUUUUCAGUAUAGCAGUGUAGUUUUGUUGAGACUAAAGAAUUAAAACAUUAAUUGGUGCAAGAGUACUAAAUUUUACUAACAGCUGUGUGUGUAGACUUAUUCAUAAUACUGUUUGCAGUGCCUUUUGAUUUUUUAUCUGUUUGGUGAACUCCUAGUCAUUUUUGAAGUCCCAGAUAAAACCUUACCUCCAUGGAAGUUCUUUUCUGUUCUCAAUGGAGUUGGUUUCUCCUUACUUAGAGCUCCCGUUACUGCUCUGAAUUAUGUAUUAUAGAUAGAGAUUCUAUUAUUGCCAUAUCACAAUGCAUUAUAGUUGUUUAUGUGUCUAUUUCUCCCUUCCCUCCAGCAGAUAGUAGGUUCUUCAUGGACAGAAAUAAUGGCCUUAGUCGUUCUUUUAAUAUCAGCUCUUUACAUAGGACAUGGUAUAUAAUGAGUCACUAUGAGUUGGAAUUGACUUAACAGCAAUGGUUUUUUUUAGUUGGGCAAGUAAAAAAUGUCCUGCAGCUAACUUUAGUUCAUUUGUAAUAAUUCCUGCUGUUGGGCUUGAAUUAGACUUCUAUGGUGUAAAUAAGGCCAGUAUGUCUGAAAAUUUUAUAUGAUGUGCUAGGUAUAAUAAAGAGACUGAUUAACGAUCCACCAAGUAAAAUUGAGCAGUGUUGUAUUUUCCAAUAUGCCAAUAUGAUGACUUAAAAAGAUUUUAUUAUAUCUUGUUCUGAGAAAAGGCAAAAUCAUGACUUCUGCUUUAUUAAUGCCUAAAUAUGUUAUGUACCUUGAUAUGACCAUUGAUUCGUUUUGAGAAGUUUUGCCUGUUGGAAAAGGUAUAGAAGGAAUUGGAUUAGAAAGACAUUUUAAUAUUCUCUACUUUUUCUGAAAAUGUUGUAAACUUGCAUCCUCUACAUGUCAGUAAAAAUAACUCUGUACCUUUAUUAAAACUUCAGUAUCUGCAUUUGUAUUUAGAGUGGUAGCAACAUAAAAUUGAAACCUGAGAAAUGUGAAGGAUAUAAAGUCAUGUUUUAAUGGAGAAACUAAAUUGCUCCUUCAAAGGGCCUAUAAAAAGGAAAAGCAUUCAUUAUAAAUGUAAUAAAAACUUAUGAGUCCCAUUUUAUUAAAACUACACCCAGUUUCCUGAAAGGGCUGGAUCAUUUAGAGGUAAACCAGUGACACUUUAGGUCUAGCAACAUUCUUUAUGUGAGAUAAGGUAUCUACUGAAACGAGGUUGGUGGUUUUAACAUGAUCCCUAAUGGAUAUCAACUCACAUGAAAAGAUUAGAAUUUUUACUUUAGCAGAGUUUGCAGCUUCUGAUAAUAACAGGCCCAGAUCAGGUUAAUGGCAAUAGUAAAUUACUUACUACUGUAAGCUCCCUCAUGAAAUAGAAUAAUAGUGAAAGAUAAAGCUUACGCUCCUUCUAAUUGGUGUGCUACAUCAUACUAUCAUUCUGUAAACUUCUUACUCAAGUCAAAUUACAUAGAUUAACAUUGUUACAGGAUAAUAACAUUCUGGUGAUUACUGUCCACCUCCAUCUUUUUAUUUUCUUUGAGGUACAGUAAUCUUUUCAAUGGGUUAAAGGAGUAUUAUUCUUUUUUAGCCUUUGGCUGUUUUUCAGUGCUUUGGACUUUCAUGUAUUCCAUAUUUAAUACAUGUUUCCAUAUUAUAAUUGAUUAUAGUUGGAUUGGUAGUAGCAUUUUAAAGUGCAAAUGGGAAUUAUGGUGAAGUGACAGCUAGGUUGUUCAGUUACUCUUAGCUUUAGAAUCAAAUAAUUUUUAAAUCAUGAGACUUGCAUGCUGAAAUGAGAAAUAUUCGAGUUAAUAUAUGUAGAUUGUAUUGAUUUAUUGAGAAAAUAAGGCAGGACUUCUGGUAAAUGGUGAUGGAUUAAAGGUGUGUUUAUUCCAAUUCCUUUCUCGAAACCCAUUCCACAAAUAAAUACAUAAUAAUGAAAAAAUGGGCAAAGGUCAUACCAACAGCAAAACUAAGAAACAAUUAUAAUUCCAAAACACAGUGAUAACAUAUCUGCCAAAUUCAGCAGAGUGUGGACCAAAUGAACAAGUAUACUGGGAGCUGAUACACUUUUUCAGAUUUUUAUUAGUGAGUACCUACCUCAGAAGAGCAUACAUCGUCUACUUAAACAUUCAGUUCAGUAGAUAGUUUUGCCUUUUCUGUGGGAAAUAUUGAAGAGGUUACAAAGUAAGACUGUUCUUUCCAUGAGGUUAAAAUCUAAGGAGAAAGUUAUGACAAGGACAUGUAGCUCUAAGGCCAAGUAAAAGUAUUAUGGGAACACAAAGGCCGAUAGUAUAGGACUUCUGAUAAGAGAGGUUUGGAAAGAGACUGGUAAAGAAAGUGUUGAAAGAAUAAGACUUCAUUAGGUAAUGAUGGGGGAAGAAGAUGUCGAUUGUAGAAAAGCCCAUUGCUGUUGAGUCAACUCCACCUCAUAGUGACCCUGUAGGACAGAGUAGAACUUCCUCAUAAGGUGUCCAAGGCUGUAGUCUUUACAGACGCAGACUGUCUCAUCUUUCCAGACGCAGACUGUCUCAUCUUUCCCUUGUGGAGCAACUGGCGGGUUCGAACCACUGACCUUUCGGUUAGCAGCCAAGUACUUAACUACUGUGCCACUAGGGCUCCAUGAUUGUGGAAAUAACAUGAAUAAAUGCAGAAAUCUACAGGAAAUGUUUAGAGAAUGGUUAUGGAUUUCCCUUUGGUUGUAGUGUGAGAUAUAUGCUGAAAGUAAUAAUCACUCCUUCAUAAUCAGAUACGAUUAACUGUCACUGGCACAGAUUUAGGCCAUUUGCAUUCCUUAUCUCAAUUAAUUUGCACUAAUCUGCACACAGUAAACCAUAUAAGGUAGUAAUUACUUGUUCAGGUUAGGAAAGCAAGACUUGGGGAGGGAAACAACUUGCCUAAGUCAAGUUGAGUGACUAAAUCAGCAAUAACGAAUGCAAGUAUUUCUGAUCUGUGGCCUUCCCCGAUGUGUUAUGUAGUUCUAAGGGCAGGUCUGGGGUUGCAGUUAGAGGAAUUAUAAUGUCAGCCAGUUUAUACAGAGUAGAGAGAAACCUUUUCUUCUUUCUUUCAAGAUGUGCAGGAGAGACUUCAUUUUCUCAUUAGUAAUUUCAUUCUUGUAUCCUAGAGGGCAAGAAAAUAAUACUCUGGCUCAAAACAUGUUAGAAUUACUGGAGAAAAAUUGUAAUUAAAACCUAAACUGUAAACAUAAAACCAACCAAACCUGUUGCUGUCGAGUCGAUUCCAACUCACAGAGAACCUAUAGGUCAGAGUAGAACUGUCCCGUAGGGUUUCCAAAGAGAGAUUCAAACUGCUGACCUUUUCAUUAGUAGCCGAGCUCUUAACCACUGCACCACCAGUGUAUGUAAUACACAUAUUUAAUCUCCGUGCUUCUUUGCAUUGUCAUCUGUCUAUUUAUUUUCAAAUUCAGGAAACCUUUUUUUUUCCUUGUUGGUUACUGUUAGUACUUUUGGGUAGAUCUUUGUUCUCUAAAUCCUUACUAAUGUUUGAAAAUUCCAAAGUAUGAGAACCUUUUAACUUGAAAGUAAUUAAUUGGGAUCAAGAGAAAUUUACAGAGGAGCAAGACAAAGUGUUCUUUAACUUUUGAAACCAAGCCUUUUAGUCAUUAGAAUUAGGCCAGUUUAUCGAAUACCAGAACUUAAUAGUACUGGAUAAAUACACUGAAGACUAUCAUAUGGUAAGCUAGUUCUUCUGGAAUUUUUAAUUUACUAUCUCUUCUUAUCCUUCUAGCUGGGAUUUUAAAGUUUCUUGCAAUUGGCAUUCUUGUUUAAGAAAAAAAAAAAAUGUUUUCUCAAUAUUAACUGACCACAGAUUGCAUUUUGGUUGCUGAGGCCUAGUUCUAUGAUUUUAGCUUUAUCUGCCUUUUAAGAAAUGUUUGGAAAUUUCAUCCUCAGAUAAUUAGCUGAAGUACUGAGAAUUAUUUUCUCACAAUCUCCUGGUUCAUUAUAAUUGAUUGGCUUAUUGGAUCUUGUUGAGGUUUGCUGUAUUUCCUCAAUAUUUUGAGUUAUCUUCUGGACCUCAAGUCAUGUAAAGUAAUAUAUUAUAAUUUCACAAAGUCUUUAUAGGAGAGUUCAUGGCAGUUUAGGGCAUCAUUUUUUAUAAUAACAAAAAACUGGAAGUAGCCUAAAUCAACCUCAGUAGGGGUAAAACGAAUUGAGAUGUGCACAUAAAAUGAAUACUACACAGCCAUGGAAACCAAUGAAUGAUUCUAUAUGUCCUGUGAGAGAGGUGUCUAAGAUGUAUUUUAAAUAAAAAAAGUAAAAUGUAAAACUGCAAAUACUAAGAGAGCAUUUAUGUAAAGAUAAAGCUGUGUAGGUAAAUAGUAAACACAUAUGUAAGAGAACAUUAUUUAAAAAUUUCCAGUGAACUGUUAACAACGACUUCUCCUGGGUGAAGAAACCAGGAAAGAAUAAGGACGAUGUACAUUUUUAUAUUUCUCUGAGCUGCUUUAAUUUUUUUUUUUUAUUUCCCCCUUUUCUUUUUUAUAAAGAGCAUGUACUGCUUUUAUAACUAAAAAGCUUUUUGUAAAAGUUCCUGUUUACUUAGAAAAGAAAGAAUCAGAGACUCUUCUUUUGGUGUCUUCCAUAACUUUCAUUGGAUGAAAAUGCAUAAUUGUCUGUUAAUCUGUGAUUGUAAGACAGCUUUGUGAAAAAUACCGAAUUGUUUAAGUUUGAAGUUUUAGUGCUGAAUGGGCAACUUGAUUGAACAAUUUUUUUUUUUUUUUUUUUCCUAAUUUGAUUUUUUGGCUUGAUUCUGAAAAUGAAGAACAGGGUUAUGUCUCUGUUUGGGUGGUAUGAUAUUAAGGGUUAGUGCCGUAAAGUUCCUUUAAAUGAAAAAUACUCCAUUCUAAAAGAUGAAUUAUCUUCAUUUUUUAGCUCUUACAUGGCCAGAAAAAUUAAAAUUGAUUACACAUUACAGCAUUCUAUGCAUAUCAGCAAAGCAAAUUUAUAGGUUUGAAGAAACCCCAAAUAAACUUUUUUGUGUGUUGCAUUUAAAUUAAUUUCAUAUUUUUCUGCUAAUUUUUAAAACUAAAUGCAUAGUAGUUUGAAAAGGACAUGGAUUUUGGAAUCAUACUUAUGAAAAGAUACUUAUAAGGUAGUUAAAAUUAAAUGAGGUAACGUAAAUAAAACACCCUGAAGAAGGUCUUGGCACAUAAUAGACUUUCAGUAAAAAUAUUUGUAUGUGUUUCUUUUUCAAAAUAAAACUUUUUUCAUAAUAAAAUUCCUGCACAGUAAAAAGGUAAUGAGGCAAUUGAUAAAAAGACAUGAUUAAAAUUUUACAUUGAAUUCUGAUCUUUUAUCUUUGAUGAAUACAUACAUUCUUCCAACCUGUUUUCUUUUUUGAUUCCUUGCAACUUGAUGCUUCAGAAGCAGCUGAUAAUGUCAGUCUAGUUUCUACUGAGACCAUAGGAACUGACAUCAGUUUACACUAGCUAAGUUUUUUUUUUUUAAGUUUGCAAAAAAUUUUGUUUCUAGCAUCUCAUUCCAUUUCCCAAAAGUACUAAUGAUUUUUAAAUUUCUGCUGUGCUUAUUGCUUUAAAUUAGGGUAAAUGGUAUCAAUCCAAAAGAUUUAAUGAAAUCUUUGUGGUUCUAUGUAGAUGUAAAUGGAAGCCAAAAAUCUGUUAACUUGGUGCCCCUUUUAUGAUAUUUUAUCAUGUAAGAUUUAUGUGGUGCAUAUUACAUCUUUAAGAACUAACAUAUGAAAUAACAUACCAAACAUUGGUAGUUUUAAUUGCAUUAUUUUAAAAUAAUUUAUUCUUUUUCAGUAAUACACUGAAAUAUAUUAUGUAGAGCUUGCUAUUUCUUAAAAAAAGAAUAUGUUUCUAUGUAUGAAAAAUCACCUCAAAAUAUGUUAAGUAAAAAAUCAUUUUUCUACAGUAUUGUAUAUAAGUGCAUGUUGUUGUUAGGUGCCAUUGAGUUGGUUCCAACUCGCAGUGACCCUAUGUACGACAGAACACUGCCCGGUAUUGCACCAUCCUCACAAUUGUUAUGCUUGAGCCCAUCGGUGCAGCCACAGUAUCAAUCCAUCUACUAGAGGGUCUUCCUCUUUUUCACUGACCCUCUGUUUUACCAAGCGUGAUGUCUUUCUCCAGGGACUGACCCCUCCUGUUAACAUGUCCAAAGUACUUGAGAAGAAGUCUUGCCUCGUGGCUUCUAAUGAGCAUUCUGGCUGUACUUCUUUCAAGCAAUACAAGUUGGAAAUUUAGUGUCAUUAUUGUAAAUAUGAUUAUAGAAGUUGAUACGGAUUGGAGCUAGUCACCCAUGUUUUUGUAGAUGAUUUUUUGAUUUGUAAUAUAAGGUUGGAAAUAAAGUGAAUCUGCCUGCCUCACAGAGUUCAUGAGGAAAUUUAGAAAAUAAAUUUCAUAAAGAAAAUACUAUGUUUUAAGUGUUGCUGUUUGAUUUAGAAACAAAUACUGAUUAAUACUUUUAUCAGCUGCAUGAGGACUUAUUAGAUUAUAAGGAAAUAAAUACUAUUCAUUCAACAAACAUGUAUUGAGUACUUACUUUCUGUGUACUAGACAUUGUGCCAGGUAGUAAGUAUACUGAUAAAUAAGAUGGGGUUCUUCCAUUGAUGAAGCUCAUAGCGAUUGAAAGGAAAGAGGCAGUAAAAACAAAUCAUUAUGAUGCAGAAUAAUACAUGUUGUUGUAAAUGAAUGUGGUGGUACAAAGGAGGGGUUGAUUCUGUGGGACACUCAAGAAUUCUUACAGAGGCUGUGUUUGGAGCAGGAUAUAUAAGAGUGUAGGCAUAAUAAAAUGGGAAGGGCCAUCACAGAUAGACUGAACGUUAGAUAAAUAUUUAUUCCAAUAUUGAAAGAAUACUAUAAGUAGGAGGAGAACAAUACUCAGUUUAUCAAGUAUUUCUUGAAUAGCUACAAUGGGCAAGUCCCUGUACUGGCCGUUGAGGGACUAGAAAGCUGAAAAGGCCUGGUCUCUUUUCUAAAGGAGUUCACAUUCCAGCGGGAGCCAGUCAUGUGCACAGAGAGCUGCACGCCAAGGGAGAGUCUGAGUAUAGGUGCUUUGGGAACUGUGCCAUCUGGCUGGGCCGUGGAAUAGUUGCUGAAUCCCAAAGAGACAGCUUGGACUUUGUAAGUAAUUUGACUUCUAGGGAAGUGAGUUAAAAAUGGGCUAACAUGAAGAAAAGAGAAAUUUUAAGAAAUCAAUAAUGUCUUAAAAACACCUCUUGUGACAUAAUCUUGAAGACUUCAAGUCAAUUAAUGGACAGGAUAUAGUUUAAAUAAUGGGAGGCUGACCCAUAGUAUGGCCAAAAUAAGUGUUGUAAAAUAAUAGGUACAAAUAUUAGAUGGGAUUUAAAUAAUGCUAACAAACUUUUGGCUGACCCAACUGUAAUCUCUUAACUAGAGAUUUCCCAAUCAGCAUAUUGACUGGGAGAUGCCUGUUGAUUUCUAAAUCACUGCACGUGUAAAUAAUAAAGCUCUUUCUAAUCCAGUGGAACUCAGUAUUCUCUAGUCAAGAUCUCUGGGUAUUCAAGAUUUCCUAGGCAGAGGAUGAUAUUUAGAACCCCUUCCCUGAUUAACCCUAAAUAACUACUUUUGGGGAAUAGACAAGUGCUCACUUGUCUAUGCCAAGAUAUUUGGAAGACAGCUACCUGGCCAACUGACUGGAAGAGGUCCAUAUUUAUGCCUAUUCCCAAGACAGAUGAUCCAGUCAAAUGCAGAAAUUAUCUAACAAUAUCAUUAAUAUCACAUGCAAGCAAAAUUUUGCUGAAGAUCAUUCAAAAGUGAUUGCAGCAGUAUAUCAACAGGGAACUGCCAGAAAUUCAGGCCAAAUUCAGAAGAGGAGGUGGAAUCAGGGAUAUCAUUGCUGAGGUCAGAUGGAACCUGGCUGAAAGCAGAGAAUACCAGAAGGAUGUUUACCUGUGCAGAGGCAUUCGACUGUGUGGAUCAUAAGAAAUUAUGGAUAACAUUGAGAAGAAUGGGAAUUCCAGAACACUUAAUUGCACUCAUGAGGAACCUGUGCAUAGAUCAAGAGGCAGCUGUUCGGACAGAACUUCAUGGUUUAAAGUCAGGAAAGGUGUGUGUCAGGGUUGUAUCCUUUCACCAUACCUAUUCAAUCUGUAUGCUGAGCAAAUAAUCCAAGAAACUGGACUAUAUAAAGAAGAAGGGGGCAUCAGGAUUGGAGGCAGACUCAUUAGCAACCUGCAUUAUGCAGAUGACACAACCUUGCUUCCUGAAAGUGUACAGGACUUGAAGAACUUACUAAUGAAGAUCAAAGACCACAGCCUUCAGUAGGGAUUGCACCUCAACAUAAAGAAAAGAAAAAUCCUCACAACUGGACUAAUAAGCCACAUCAUGAUAAACGGAGAAAAGAUUGAAGUUGUCAAGGAUUUCGUUUUACUUGGAUCCACAAUCAAUACCCAUGGAAGCAGCAGUCAAGAAAUGAAAAGCGUCAUUGCAUUGGGUAAAUCUGCUGCAAAGGACCUCUUUAAAGUGUUGAAAAGCAAAGAGGCCACCUUGACAUCAGGUGUGCCUGACCCAAGCCAUGGUAUUUUCAGUCACAUAAUAUGCAUGUGAAAGCUGGAUAGUGAAUACAGAAGACCACAGAAGAAUUGAUGCCUUUGAAUUGUGGCAUUGGCAAAGAAUAUUGAAUAUACCAUGGACUGCCAAAAGAACGAACAAAUCUGUCUUGGAAGAAGUACAAACAGAAUGCUCCUUAUUAGCAAGGAUAGUGAGAUUGCGUCUUGUAUACCUUGGACAUGUUGUGAGGAGGGAACAGUCCCUGAGGAAGGAUAUCAUGCUUGGUAAAGUACAGGGUCAGCAGAAAAGAGGAAGACCCUAAAUGAAGUGGAUUGACACAGUGGCUGCAACAAUGGGCUCAAGUAUAACAAUGAUUGUAAGGAUGGCUCAGGACUGGGUAGUGUUUCAUUCUGUGGCACACAGGGCUGCUAUGAGUCGGAACUGACUCAAAGGCACGUAACAACAACCUUUACCACACUUCGUCACCUGAGUGCCUCCCUAUGCUUACCUCCUCCUCUUCUGUUCAUACAGGCUAUCAGACAUGAAUUUCCUCAUUGUACCUCUAAGUUUAUGUAUCUAUUUACUCAUCCUUAACUACUUCAUUCCUGAGUGGAAGCAAAAAGCAUCCUGACGUAUUUUCAAGAACAAAGCUUCCAGCUCUGCUCUUGGUGGUCACUCCUGCCUCCUUCAAUAGCUUGUGUUGUCACUGAUCAACUUUCUUAUGUAUAUUAAUUUCUUCUCCUCAGCCUGCAAACAGGCUCACAUCUCCACAGUAUGUGUGUAUGUGUGUGUGUGUGUGUGUGUAUAUGUAUGUUUAUGCACACUGUGUCAUGACUGGGAAAGCUGGUUUCUGCAUAAACCAUCCAUUCUCCUGAAGCAGAGCUCACUAAGGUUUCCAGGGACUUCCCAGUUGCUGAACUCAAACUUUCCUCAGGUGUUUUAUCACUGCACUGUCUGCAUGGCUUCUGUCACCUCUCAAAGCUCAUCCCUUUACCUUAUCACCUACCACUCUCUCUUCUUACCUUUUUGACUUCAGUUUGUUUAGUUGUUUCCUCGGCCUUUAUUCUACUUUAAUAUGUUGCUAUUUGCUUGCACUUCUGCAUUUGAACUUUUUUUUUUUUGCACUUUACUUUUUUAGUCCAUCACCCACUUUUCUUGAUUAAACUACCAAUAUGACUCCCAAACCUGUAGCUUGAGUCCAGAUUUCUUCCGAGCUCCAGAACCAUACCUCCAUCUGGGUAGACCAGGCACUCAGCAUCUGUAUUAUUAGUAGUCUAUGGUUGCUGGAACAAAGCUCCACAAACUUAGUGUCUUAAAACAAAUUUAUUCUCUCACAGUUUUAGGGGCUAGAAGUCCAAAAUCAAGAUAUCAGAGGGGCCGUGCUCCCUCUGAAGGUUUUAGGGAAGGAUCUUUCUUUUCUUUUUGAGCUUCUAGUGACCCCAGGAAUUCCUUGGCUUGUAGCUACAUCACUCUAAUCUCUGCCCCUAAACCUUUUAUUGUUUUACAUCUGUUGUCAACUAGAAUGAAGACUUUUCUCCUUCAAAAUAAAUAAUUCAUGUGAUUUUAUAAAGAUUAAGUAUUUUACAUACUAAGUUGAGUUGGAAGAAGUAAAAAGAAAGGGAAUUAUGGUUGCUGGUAGUACUGAACUGCCCAGUUGGCAGACUAAAUAGGGCACUAGCAUAGCAGCAAUAUAGAAAUAUAUUUUUAAAAUAAUUUACAUAUGCUAUUUUUAAGAGUCCUCAUAGAAAAAAAAGAACAUUGCUGUACUUCAUUAUAGUUAUAUCACUGUGCAGUAUUUUCUUUUUAAAUACGUUGCUUUGACGUUAAGUACUAUUUCAGGGUACAGGAUGGGAGCCAUAACCUUUUCUGGGCAUAAGGUCUAAAUCUGUUCCUGGUUGAUGAGAGUUAUAAAAAUUCAUUGUUAUAUUAUGCUUUUGUUGGUUAAAAAAAGUCAAAAAUUACUUUUUCUGCUGGCUACAUAGUUGAUCAGCCAAACGCAAGGUGAUAUCAAUGAAUAAAAGUAUCAGCCAUGAGGUUGCCUUGUGUGUAAGAGUGCAACUUCUGGUAGUUCUAACUAUACUCCACCGUAUCUUGAUAACCACGAAUUUCCACGUAGCUACACCACUUUUUCCACACUUCGUUUUCCUGUUUUUCUAUCAGCAGUCCCCCCUCGUGCACCUGUUCCUUCCACCAGAUAGCUCCUAAAUGUAAAAAUAGGACCAAAUAGUCUUUUUUGAGGGGAGUGUAGAAUAAAUGCAUUUAUCUUUAAGCAGCCACAGGGAACUGAGGUGGGAGUGAAGGGGUGUGUAUAGAAAGAAUGUGAAAUAUGGACUGCCUUUUAAAAAAAAAAAAAGUUUUCUUGCUAGAGAAGAGUAGCUUCUGUUUGGCCUGACUUUAUUUUCUAAAAGUACUAACUAGUCUCAAGACAUGUUUAAAAGUAAGAGAUGCUAGUCUUCCUACUGGAGAAUCUGGAUUGUGCUAGUGACCUAAAAUACUUCCAUAUCAGGAGGAAGGAAUAUACAGGUAUUUGCUUUUAGGGGAUUUGCUCUUAGGAGUACAUUUAGAAGAAAAGCCAUGCAGGUAUGAGUGUGUGCGUGUGCGCAUGCGCCCAUGCACCGGCAUGCAUGGUGGGCAUUUUGAGCAGUAGCAUUUUACCUAGUUGUAGAUUGAACUGUAUUUCUGGAAGUGUCUGCUAGCAAAUGUGACUGUGAUGUAAUGUAUUCAGUUUACAGGCAGUAAUGGAAUUUUAAUUGCUCUGUAAGUCUAAGUAACUUAAUCUACUUUUGCCUUGGUUUUCUACCUGUAAUUUGAGGAAGGAAUAUUACAAAGAAUAUUAAAAAAAAAAUUAGGUAUCAUUCAAAAUGCAAAAUUAUGUACUGUAAGUUGUAUUAAGCCGUGUAAGUAUGUUAGGCUGAAAACUCAUAUACUGGCCAUAGGAAAAAUAAAAUGAAACAAAAAACAACUGUGAACUAGGCAACAUGCAUUUGUUUCUCCUCAUCCUUGCCAUCUCUGUGAUGGUCUCUUAUCUCUCGCUUCAGAUUUGUUGUGGUCAGUCCAGUUCUGCUCUUCAAAGCCUACUCUAAGGUAAAGGAAGCAGCAUUAUUGAGUGUUUGCUGUGUCAGGCUUUGUAUUAGUAGUUUUAUAUACAUAUUCUCAUUUAGUUCACCUAGAAGACUGUCAGAUGUCUGACACCAGCUCUCCUUCCCCACCUCCAAAAUCCAGUUAGUCCAACUGCCUUGGCAAGAUUGUUAUGAACUUUAUUUAUAUCACAUCGUGAUGAUACACACACAUACACAUACAUACCAACGUACAUACCUACGUAUUGUUGUUUAGUUGCCAUCAAGUUGUCUCCAACUCAUGGCGACCUUAUGUACAACAGAACAAAACAUUGCUAAGUCCUGCACCAUCCUCAGAAUCUCUUGUAUGUUUGACCUCAUUGUGGCAGCCACUGCUUCAGUCCAUCUCAUAGAGUGUUUCCCUCAUUUUCGCUAAUCCUCACUCUACCAAACAUGAUGGCCUUUUCUACAUGUAAGUAAUCCUGCUUUAUAUAGAGAAACAGUAUAGCCAUAGCCAUAGUGGUAAAGAGUAUGGACUUUGAAGCCAGACUGUCUGGCUUUACGCUCAGCCUUGUCACAUACUACAAGCUGUGAGACUUUAUGGUUUUUAACCUCUUCGUGUCUGAGUUUUCUUCUCUGUAAAAUGUGUAUAUUUCUUCAAAUAUGUUUUCACCCCAUCCUCUGUCUUCUUUCCCUCUGGGAUUUUAACUACCUGUAUGUUUGACCUUUUUGAAUAGUCCUGGGAGUCCCUAAGGCUCUGUUAAUUUUAUUUUUCAAUGUUUUUUCUCUCUGUGAGAUUAGGUGAUAGCUUCUGAUCUAUCUUCAAGUUCAUUGACCUUCCUGUAUUUCCUUUCUCCUUUUCUGCAAUUAAAUACAUCCAUUGGAUUUCUUAUUUCAGCCACUGAAUUUUUCUAAAUUUUCUAAAAUUUCCAUUUGGUUCUUCUUUCUAUUUUCCGUCUCUCUGCUGAGACUUCCUAUGUUUCACUUGUUAUGAGUAUAUAUUCCUGUACCUCACUGAGCAUAGUUAUAAUUCAUGCUUUAAAGACCUUUGGUGAUAAAUCUAGUGUCCUGGAUCAUGCGGUUAAGAUCUGCUAGUUGUCUUUUCCCAUGAGACUUGAACAGGUUUUCCUGACUGUAUGUGGAGUAAUUUUGUUUUGUACUAUGAACUUAUGAAGUAGGUAUCAUCCCAUUUUGAAAAUGAGGAAACCAUGGCUCUAGAGAUUAUCACUUGCCCAAGGUCAUAUAUAUUUGGUGACCUAUCUAGUAAAAGGAUUUGAACCUGAGACUGAAUCCAAAUCUGAUUCUUUCAACCACUACUGUCGACCUUGCUUCUCUGUUUGUAAAGUGCAUAAAGGAGUCAAAUAUUUCCCUCAUGCUGCAUUUUAAAAAUUAUUUUUGCCAUAUAUGUUAUGCAAGAUAAAAAUAAUUCUCAAACUUGGCAAGUCUAAGAGUUGUUUGAUGAUAGUUGAGAAAGCUCUGUAAACCAAAUUUGGCAAUAUGGUAAUGCUAUAUUUAAUUUUCAGCUGAAGCCUUGAGGACUAGUAGAAUCAGAGAAAACCUUGUUUUUCCUUAGGUGUCAGUGUUUACCUUGAGCAUGAAAAAUAGAGCAAGUAGUUAGAAAGCUUAGCGAAAUAAAAUAUAAUAACUGUCAUGCUGCCCUGGAAAUGAAAAGAAAUGAUAAAGCAUACACCUACUAGCUCAGUGAUCAGUGAUUUUAGCUAGUGGCCAGGCAUUUAAUUUAGUGUAAAAAAUGGUGUGAGAUGAUGCUUUAAGGCAUGUAUCCACAGACAGUGUGUCAUUAUUUUUUUUGAUACACCGACAAGUGGCUGCUUUAAUUUGCACAGGUAAUAUAAGUAAAAUUGUCUCAUCAGCAUAUACAUUAGCACCCCCAUACACAGAUGCAAACACACACACACACACACACACACACAUACAGGCUUGUCUUAUAAACAAAACCUAAUUAUAUUUGCACAGAAUUCAGUAUAUUAAGGCUAAUCUGUGAGAGCAGUUUGCCUGAAGAAGCUUUUAGACUAUGAAAGGCCGCCUUUCUUCUUAAAAGUAUAGUAAGUCUUUUCAUUCCACUCCCAAGCCCUUCUACUCCCCAUCCAAAGGGUGUGUUGGGGUGGGGAAUUCACCUUAAGUUAGGGGAGUUCAAGAGCAUUAAAGGCACAAAGAAUGGCAGUUCUGUGAAACUUCUCUACGUUAAGAAUAGCAUCCUUAUUCUCUCACCUUCAUCUCUGCCCCAGUUCUUUGGUAAGGAAUGCCAUUGUUGUUCUGUGUUUGGAGCUUUAUUAGAAUGUGAACCAGUCCAUCUUGCAUCUUUUGAUUGCUUUCUGUACUUAGGUUAUCAAUGAUAAGGACGUUAUAAUAGAAUUCAUUACUAAAGCAUAAAAAUAUUAAAGGAAAACUCUUGAGAAAAUAACUGCUGUAUUUACUAUUAGUGCAACCUUUUUUCUGGUCAUUAAUGUUGAGCUAAUUUCCUUUGUCGCAGUCCGUUGUAAAAUUUAUUUAUUUACGUUAAGAAUAGUAUGUUCCUCCCACUCCCUGGAAUAUAUCCUAGAGAAAUAAGAGCCUUUACACAAACACAUAGAUGCAUACCCAUGUUCAUUGCAGCACUGUUUACAAUAGCAAAAAGAUGGAAGCAACCAAGGCGCCCUUCAGCAGAUGAAUGGAUAAAAAAAUUAUGGUAUAUUCACAUAAUAGAAUAUUAUGCAGUGAUUAAGAACAGUGAUGAAUCCGUUAAACAUCUCAUAACAUGGAGGAAUCUGGAAGGCAUUAUGUUGAGGGAAAUUAAUCAAUUGCAAAAGGACAAAUAUUGUAUUAUAAGAACUCAAGAAGUAAUUUAAACACAGAAGAAAAUAUUCUUUGAUGGUUACGAGGGUGGGGAGGAAGAGAGAGCGGUAUUCACUAAUUAGAUAGUAGACAAGAACUAUUUUAGGUGAAGGGAAAGAGAACACACAAUACAGGAGAGGUCAGCACAGCUGGACUAAACCAAAAGCUAAGAUGUUUCCUGAAUAAACCAAAUGGUUUGAAGGCCAGAAUAGCAGGGCAGGGGCCUGGGGACCAUGGUUUCAGGGAACAUGAGAUCAAUUGGUAUAAUAAAAUCUAUUAAGGAAACAUUCUGCAUCCCACUUUGGAGAGUGGUGUCUGGGGUCUUAAAUGCUAGCAAGCAGCCACCUAAGAUGCAUUACUUGGUCUCAACCCAACUGGAUCAAAGGAGAAUGAAGAACACCAAGGACACAAGGUAAUCAGGAGCCCAAGAGACAGAAAGGGCCACAUAAAUCAGAGACUGCAUCAGCCGGAGACCAGAAGAACUAGGUGGUGCCCAGCUACAACCAAUGACUGACCUGACAGGGAACACAACAGAGAAUCCCUGAUGGAGCAGGAGAGCAGUGGGAUGCAGACCUGAAAUUCUCAUAAAAAAACCAGACUUAAUGGGCUGACUGAGACUAGAAGGACCCCAGAGGUUUUAUGGUCCCCAGACCUUCUGUUAGCCCAAGACAGGAACCAUUCCCCAAGCCAACUCUUCAGACAGGGAUUGGACUGGACAAUAAGAUAGAAAAUGAUACUGGUGAGGAGUGAGCUUCUUGGCUCAAGUAGACACAUCAGACUAUGUGGGCAGCUCCUGUCUGGAGGGGAGAUGAGAAGGCAGAGGGGAACAGAAGCUGGCUGAGUGGACAUGGGGAAUAUAGGGGGGAGAGGAGGAGUGUGCUGUCUCAUUAGGAGGAGAAUAACUAGGAGCACAUAGCAAGGUGUGUAUCAAUUUUUGUAUGAGAGGCUGACUUGAUUUGUAAACUUGCACUUAAAGAACUAUAUAUAUAUAAAAAAAAGAAUAGUGUGUUCCAUGAAAGCAUUGGUCUUUCAAUAACAGUAAUUGACACAGAGGUCUCUCAGACUUCUGGGACCACAGAGGCAAAAUUUCUACUUUGGAGACAUGUUUCUCUGCUUCUCUGAUUCCUCUAGUUGUUUUUGUUAUUUUAAUUGAGACCUCUGGUUUUAAGGAAUGGUUUCCUUCAGAGUCUUGACUAGAGAAUGACCAUAAUAAAAUGUACAGGUGAAUUUUCUCAUUUCAUCUGGGUAGCAUAUAUAGACUUCUCUCUAUAGAAUAUAGACUACUCUCUUAUAGCUCAUUCACUUUUGCUACUUGAGGGUAGUUUUCUCUUCAAAAUAUUCCCUAGAAGAACUCUUCAUCUCUCUUUUCCACCCUGUAUACACCUGCCCACCACUCCCGCAAUCAGUGUUUAAAAUUGCUUUAUCAACUUUGUGUUGUCAUUGUUGUUAGUUGCUGUCGAGUUGGUUCCAACCCUAUGUGUGCAGAGUAGAACUGUUCCGUAGGCUUUUCAAGAAUGUGACCUUUCAGAAGCAGAUCGUCAGUCCUGUCUCCCAAGGCAUCUCUGGGUGGGUUUAAACUAACUUUUCGACUAGUAGUUGAGCACUUAACCAUUUUUACCACCCAGGGACUCCCUUAACAGUAUGAUACUAUAUAAGGAAGAGUCGGAGUGGUAUAAUUAUUAGUAUAAUUUAUACUAGCACAGUAAUAGCAGCCAGGCUUGAACGGGAGAAUCUUUUUUAUAAAUCAUUGUUAUAGGUUUGGUGUUACAUGAGGUUAGCCAUUUGGAAUAAAAUCCUUGGCUCAAAGUUAUCUUAUUAGGUAGGAAAUCUUCAUAUUAAACAAGGAGAAUUAUUUAUACGGAAUUAUUAUACAGAAUUAAUGGCAAAAUAACAAGCCAAUGUGAGUAAUGACAUGAGUUUUCCUCAUUUUAGGGCAUCAGUAACACCAAGGUCCUCAGCCGGCCACUGCCUGGGCCCUUCCCACCCUGAGCAGGUGCCUGGCUCUUCACUCCAUUGAGAGAUGAAACCUAGCUCCUUCCAGGAUGAAAUAAUUCUUCCCUCACUUCACAGGCUCCAGCUCCUACAGGAGAGCUCUCUAGUAAGCACCAUGAAUUGGCCUGAAACACGUAGAGUACAACCUUUAUUAAAACAACAACAGAAAAUUUAAUCCACCUAGUAACUGAGUCUGAACACAAAGGCAAUGGAGGGACAAAGAGUGGUUGAAGCUGGUGAGGGAGUACAAGCACUGACUUCUAUUGUGUCCUCCAGGGAGACCCAGCCUGUCCUACUAAAGCUACUCCUUACCCAACAGGUCCUCCUCCCAGUAAUUAUGCCAUCUUCCCCUUUGCAAAAUAGGUUUGUUUUACAUUUUAAAAACAAUAUAAUCAAUACAAAUGUAAACCUUAUUCAAAUUUGGCAGUGUGGUAUACUGGUCAAGGAAGGCAUCAGACUCUUGAAACAGCUUGGAUUUGAUUCCCAGGUCUACAGUUUACUAAGUGAUUUUGGACAGAUGAUUCAAGAUCUUGGGGCUUCACCUGUUUCCUCUGUAAAUAACCCUGUGUGUCUGUCUUGUGAAGAGAAUUAAAUGAAUUAAUAUAUGUAAAGCUCUUAGAACUAUACCUGGCAUAUAACUCCUUAGAAGUGUUUGCUUUGAUGGUGGAUUAUUACCUAAAAUAUAAUCCUAGAAAAAGUCUUAAGCUCUGCCUUCUGUCUUUUCCCAUUGAAUACAUUUAGUUCAUUUACCAAAUAUUGAUUAAGAGCACACUAUGUCCUAGGUAGAGCCAUGGUGGUGCAGUGGUUAGGAGCUUGGCUGCUAACCAAAAGGUCGACAGUUCAAAUCUACCAGCCACUCCUUGGAAACCCUACAGGGCAGUUCUGUUUUGCCCUGUAGAGUCGUUAUGAGUCGGAAUUGACUCAAUAGCAAUGAGUUUGUUUUUUUGUUUUUAUAUCCUAGGCAUAAUAUUCUGCCUUAUACCCAUAGGCUCCAUACUAUGAGUGAGGCCAGAACUUAAUUGUAAUGUAGCAGUUUGAAUUCCUGCCCAAGUGCUGUGCUGGAAAUCUCAGAGUGUGAAUGACUUUAGCUAUAUAUUUUAAUUUGUAGGUGUAUACAAUAGAGGGUCCUAGACAGAGCUGGAGAAAAAAUGUAGAACAAAAUUCUAACACACAAAAAAAGACCAGACUUACUGGCCUGACAGAGACUGGAGAAACCCUGAGAGUAUGACCCCCAGACACCCUUAAUCACUCCUAAGUUUCACCACUCAGCCAAAAAUGCAACAGGCCCAUGAAACAAAAUGAGACUGAAGGGGCACAACAGGCCAGGGCAAGGACUAGAAGGCAGGAAGGGACAAGAAAGCUGGUAAUAGGGACCCAAAGUUCAAGAAGGGAGAGUGUUGACAUCGUGGAGUUGGUAACCACUGUCAUAAAACAAUAUGCGUACUAACUGUUUAAUGAGAAACUAGUUUGUUCUAUAAACCUUCAUCUAAAGUACAAAAAAAAGAAAUUUAAAACUACAACUUUCUCAGUAAAAUGACUCACAAUAAUAAAAAAAAAAAUGUAGGUGUAUAACUUUGUAUUGUGCAAUAUCACCCUGAAUGUCUGGGUACUCUUGCUAAAUGGCAGAAUUACACCCAGCAGGCCCUAAUAGAGAGAGCCUGAUGGCCAUGUUGCCUCAGGCAGUAGAACUUCCUUCUUGUACAUACAGUUACACUGCUUCUGAGGCCCACUAACGAAAGGCUUUGACCUCGUUGACUAGAUUAAAAAAAAAAAAAACAGAAAACUGCUGUUGAGUGGAUUUAUAUUCAUAGCGACCCUAUAGAACAGAGUAGAACUGCCCCAUUAGGUUUCCAGGGAGGAGCUGGUGGAUUCAAACCACUCUUUUGGUUAGCAGCUGAGCUCUUAACCACUUAGGCCACCAGGGCUCCUGACUAGAUAAAAAACAAAAACAAAGCAAAAAAAAAAAAAAAAAACCCCGUUGCUGUCAAAUCAAUUCUGACUCAUAGCAAUCCUAUGGGGCAGAGUAGAACUGCCCCAUCGUGUUUCCAAAGAGUAGCUGGUGGAUUCAGAGGGAUGUGAUUGGCAGGGGUAGGGGGAGGUCUAUAGGCUAUUUUACAUACCUCUCCCUCCCAUUUGCUUUUUCUCCAUCACUUUGUGCCACACACUGUCUCCCUAAAGUGGUCUUCUCUUUGACUAGGGAUCCCCCCUUUCUUUUCCUCUUGAUAUAAUGAAGUUCGGAGACAGUAUUAAGGUUUACUUUUAUUUUACCUGGAUCUUUUUUUUUUAAAGAACAGAUUUAUUGAGAUAGAAUUCAUAUACUGUAUAAUUCACCCAUUUAAACUGUACAAUUAAGUGGUUUUUAGUAUAUACACAGAGUUACACAACCAUCACCACAAUCAAUUUUAGAACAUUUUUAUCACUGCCAAAAAGAAACUCAAUGCCUGUAAGCUAUCACUUCUCAUUUUCCUCCAGUACUUCUGGUUGUUAGCUGCUGUCAAGUUGAUUCCUACUCAUAUUGACCCCACGUGUGCAGGUAUUACCUAUACUUUUUUAGUCUUUGUUCUUUGUGUCAAGAUCUAUUCAUUUAGAGGGGAAAAAAGCCUACUUCUAGUUCUACUGCCAAAACUAAUUUGGACUAAUUUCAUACACUGUGCUGGGGCGACAAGAAGGUAUUAAAACUGAAAAAAAGGCGAAAGGUUACAGAAAAUUUCAGGGGAGGGUAGAAUUUCAAAAGAUAAGUGUGGCCUCUUCCCAGUAUUGCCUUGGCCUGACCCCAUCCUUGAUACAUGGAUCCCAGAGUUCUUUGUAGAACUGGGCAGUAAGAACCAUCCAUAAAUUAUAUAUUGAAAUUGAUUUCAUCAUCAACCUGCCUGAUAAAAGUUGAGCUAUAGUCCUAGAUACUUAAAAUGAAUAAGGGGAAUGAUAUUCAAGUUUAUACUGGGCACAAAAGAGGAACAAAGAAAGCCAGACAAAGUAGGCGUGGGGGAAUGAGUAGUCACAUAACUGUAACUCCAGUUGUUAUGACAACCAUGUGCCAAAAGCAUAUACAUUGGUAUUGCUGUCUGUGUUGUGCUUCUUUUAGAAAAGGCCAUUGUACCUUUUCUUUGCAUUGUGGAGCCUUUGGUGGGAAUCUGCUAUAGCCUAUACUUCUCUUAGAAUAAUUUUUUAAAUGCAUAAAAUAGAAUAUAUAGGAUUACAAAGGAAACUGGUUAUAUUGACUACAUUUAUCACAAUAUUUUAAAAUUUGUAAAUGGUAU